AGAUCAGAAACAUUUAUUAUCCGUGGGUUGUGGUUUAGUGUUAACUAGUUUGUUGGUCUUCAUUUUCUAACAAGAAAGUUGAUCAAAACCUUACCGGCUAUUGUUAAUACGAAAUGAGAAACUAUUAAUAGUUAAUUCCUGGUAGUGUUUGUUUAUUCUGUAUCACGAAUACAAGAUAUUAAAAUGGCUUCAGCUGGAUCAAGUGGAUCAGGCAGAGGUCGAGGCCAAGCUGUAGGCGAUCAAAAAGAGUCUAAAGAAACUAAACCCAACCCUAAAAUGUCAAAAGCUUUGGGCACAUCAGCAAGAAGGAUCCAAAAAGAACUGGCAGAGAUCACAUUGGAUCCACCUCCAAACUGCAGUGCAGGACCAAAAGGAGAAAAUUUUUAUGAAUGGGUUUCAACAAUUCUAGGACCUCCUGGUUCGGUUUAUGAAGGAGGAGUUUUCUUCCUUGACAUUCAUUUCUCUCCAGAGUAUCCUUUCAAGCCCCCAAAGGUUACUUUCAGGACAAGGAUUUACCAUUGUAACAUCAAUAGCCAAGGAGUGAUAUGUUUAGAUAUUUUGAAAGAUAAUUGGUCUCCUGCUUUAACUAUUUCUAAGGUGCUGCUAUCUAUAUGUUCCCUACUUACAGACUGCAAUCCAGCUGACCCGUUGGUUGGAAGUAUAGCUACCCAAUAUCUACAGAAUCGUGAAGAACAUGAUCGCAUUGCAAGAUUGUGGACAAAACGAUAUGCUACAUGAUUGGGCAAUUUUUCUAAUUUCUUCGAUGUCGCUACCCUUCGCCAUUUUGGCAAAGUAUGGUAUAAUCACCUCCUAUCAUUUAUUUUGUAUUAGUCUACAAGGUUCAUGUACUAAUGGUAAAUAGCAUACUUAAAUGUGAUUUAACUACUGGAUAUUGACGAUUCGUAUCAUCAAGAAUCUUGUAUCUUCAUGGUCCUUUUGGUGAAACAUUUAUUUGAACUUUGUGUAAUCCCCCAUUAUAUUCAAUAGAGUGGAACAAUUAAAUUUGAACUAUCUUAAAUGUGUUUGUGAUUUCUGUUUGUAGACUUGACAAUUUCGUUUCAGUUUUGUAAUGGAAAUGAACCAGUUUGAACUUACGCAAUGGAAAUUCAUGUGACCCAUAUUUGAUGUUUUUACAAUGACAAAUUAUAUUUUUUGUCAUUUUUUUUUCAGAUUUCUAAGUUGACUGCUAGAUAUUUAAAAUUAAACUUUAUUUUAUA